ACCUUCUAGGCUCAUUUACAUAAAAUGGCGUCUGCGCAUUGCUCGUUGCUAUGACCAACCUCGUUUUGGUGUUGUUAUGGUGGACACCAAAUCAAAACUUGGCGAUCAGACACAUUUUCUGUGAUUUUUCGUCUUUUCUGGGCAAAAAGAGGUCUUGACGUACAGAUAUGUCUACGGUGUCGAGGCAGUCAUCGGCGGCUUCGCCGGUCUCGGCGAAUUCCAAGUCUCGAGCAGGCACAGCUUCACGACAGUCCGGACGCGUCACCUUCCCACAAUCCCCGGGUUCUGGUGCUGGAUCCCCUAUGUCAGCAGGAACAGAGCUCGCGCCUGACCACAACCCUUUCACCAUGCCAGUAGAGAAUGAUAUCUUCAUUCUCAGGGACAAGGAGAGGCAAAAGAAGAAAGCGGAAAGGGUAAAACAAAGGAACCUACGAGUACACGAGAAGACGACGUACGCCACGCGGGUGAACGCCAAGACAGCAUCCAUGCGGAAGGCCGUGAUCGAGUCGUCAGAGUCGGAGGAUGAGAGAGAGGAUGAGGAUAAGGCUGUGGCUGUGAAGGAGGAUCCCAGCUGGACCAUCGCUGUCACUAGGGACAGGCAUGUAGAGAAGGAAGACCUGGCUGAGUAUAUCAACAAGAAGAGAGAAAUGUUCCUUGUACAGUACUCCCUGGGAGUGAAGAGAGAUGAGAUGAGGAAGCUGGAAGAGAUCGCGGCUGCGGAGGAGAGGAAGCUGGAGCUGGCGGAGCAGUAUCUGGAGGAGGAUGCCGCCAUGUUCGACGAGUUCCUCAAAGAGAACGACAAGAACUCUGUGGAGGCCAUUAAGAUAGCGGAGUCUGAGACCAAGGCAAAGCUGGAGAAGGUGUCAGAAAUCAAGAGGAUCAAUGGGCAAAUGAUGGCCAUUAAAAGUGAAAUCUCCAAGAUGGAGGACACCUUGAAGGAAUACCAGCUGUAUAAGAAGUUCCUGGACAGUGUGACUCCUCAGGAGUACAAAGACAAGAAGGCAGCAGAACUUGCAGAGAAAAGGAAACAACAGAAGAAGGCAUCAGCAGCCAAGAAAAGAGCAACCAUCAUUAAAGACUUCCUUGAACCACUUGAAGAAGAUUCUGAAGCGAUACCAAGUGCACAUCUACUUAGUCCUCCUGGAUCCAGUUCCAAUGCUGCCACCACGCCAGCGAGCGACAAGACUGAGGGCGGGCGUGCGGGGAGCCGUCUGUUACAGAGUCGGGAGUCCACGAGAAGGGACCGCAGCGGCACCAAGGGGUCAGCCACGGGAAGAAGGCCUGGGGGUACCCCUGCCAGUGGUGCUGGUCAAGACGAGUCAGAUGAAGAGGAGGAUAGUGAUGAGGAGCCGGACCUGUUCUUCACGGACCCCCAGCAGCUGCUGGACCUGUUCCAGGAGCUAGAGGAACAGAACUUGUCCCUGAUCCAGAACAGCCAGGAGACAGAGGAGGCUCUGGAGGAGAUGAGACAGACGUUCAUCCAGACGGAGGCUAAGAUGAACCGUGAGACGGAGAUCCUGAAACAGCAAAUCACCAUGCUGAAGGACACCAUCACCAGGGAGGAGGAGAAGGCUGCAGACCUCGAGAUGAAGUCCAAAAUGUUCUCUUAUGGUGAAUUCAAAGCAGAGGACCAGGAGAAAAUGUUGCAGUCACUAAACAAGAAGGUAGAGGAAGUUUACAGGGCCUGUAUAGGAGACAACGAGGCCAAUAUCAGUACCCUCCAGAUGCUGACCAACAUUGAGAACCGGCUGGAGGAACUGUUUGAGAUCAUCGAGAUGAUGCCUCCAGAGAGAGUGGAGGCUGCAGAAAGGGCUAAAGAGAAGGAGCGCCGUCUGCGUCUGCGAGAGGAGAAACUGGAGCAGCAGAGACUGCACCAGGAGGAGCGGGUCCGCAGGGCACUGGAGAGGGCACAGGCUGAUCCAAAGAAAAAGGGUGGGAGGAAGCUGGUGUUCAGGUCAGAGCCGCCGCGGAGGAAAGCCAAGAAGGACAAGGCACAGGAGAAAGCUACCAGGGAAGAAGAGGAGCUGGCUUACUUCUUCACAUAAACAUAGUUAACAAAUUGUAACAGAUUUUCUUAUAUCAUCAGUUGAUGAUUGUACACUUCUGAGAGUGACAAAAACUGUAUGCAUCAUAGGGGUGAUGACAUCAUUCAAGGACGUUCUUGCAUCGUUAAAAGAAAAAUUUUAAGACAUUCUGUAUGAAAAGAUACUCAAGAUACCAAAAGAAGUCUUAUUUUUUUGUCUAAUACAUCAAGAUAGGUCUUUAUGUUGAUGUACAAAGUUUUAAGUGAAUUGUGGUCACUUUUGUCUGAUUGCAGAAUUCUCCAAGUCUCAUAGAAAUAUUUUAUGGAAUCACAAAUAUUUUACAUUCUGGUCAAAUGAAUAUUUUGAGUUUUGUAAAAAUUGUAGGCACAAUGCCGUAUGUUAUAUACUGUGUCUUUUAUUGUGUUAGUUAACCCAAUGUCCUUUGAUGUACAAAAGUUUUAAAAAGUCAACAACUUUUUAACUGUUCCCACUGGUGUAUUGAGAGGUUGUAUAUUUCUUAAAUAUGUAGCAAAAUAUACCUAGCACUGGAAAUGAA